AUGGUUCGUCCGCAAAACUCAUCCUCUAAGUCUGGCACAUCUGACUACCCACAGGCUGCCCCCAACUUCCAAAACCCCACCCAGAUCUUCGCCGAAGAUGUCACCGAAGAGAAGGGUGAGAAUGCGCGGCUGUCAGCCUUUGUGGGUGCUAUCGCUGUGGGAGAUUUGGUGAAGAGCACUCUGGGCCCGAAGGGAAUGGACAAGAUCUUGCAGUCUGCAUCAACAGGAGAGAUUCUGGUCACGAAUGAUGGCGCUACGAUUCUCAAGGCGAUUGCACUGGACAACGCGGCCGCCAAGGUGCUGGUCAACAUCUCCAAGGUGCAGGAUGACGAGGUUGGCGAUGGAACGACGUCUGUGACCGUCCUGGCGGCGGAGCUGCUACGGGAGGCCGAGAAGUUGGUGGACCGGAAGAUACACCCUCAGACCAUCAUCGAAGGAUACCGGAUAGCCAGCCGUGCUGCCCUCGAUGCUCUGGCAAAUGCCGCCGUGGACCACAGCAACGACCCUGUGGCGUUCCGCAGGGACCUGCACGCGAUUGCACGCACCACCCUCAGCUCCAAGGUCCUGGCUCAGGACCGGGACCACUUCGCUAGCCUCGCGUGUGAUGCAGUGCUCCGUCUGAAGGGCUCAACUGACCUGAGCCACAUCCAGAUCAUCAAGAAGCCCGGUGGCAAACUCAGCGACUCCUACCUGGACGAGGGUUUCAUCCUGGACAAGAAAUUCGGAGUAAAUCAGCCGAAGCGGUUGGAGAAUGCCAAGAUCCUGGUCGCCAACACGGCCAUGGAUACGGAUAAGGUCAAGAUCUUUGGAGCCCGAGUCAAGGUCGACUCGACGGGCAAGCUGGCGGAGCUGGAGAAGGCCGAGCGUGAAAAGAUGCGCGCCAAAGUGGAACGGAUUAAGGCACACGGCAUUAACUGCUUUGUCAACCGGCAGCUGAUUUACAACUGGCCGGAGCAGCUCUUUACCGAAGCGGGCAUCGUGUCCAUCGAGCAUGCCGACUUUGACGGUGUGGAGCGGCUGGCUCUGGUGACAGGAGGUGAGAUCGCAUCGACGUUCGACAACCCGGAGCAGGUGAAACUCGGCCACUGCGACCUGAUUGAGGAGAUCAUCAUUGGCGAAGACACGUUGAUCAAAUUCUCCGGCGUGGCCGCUGGUGAGGCAUGCACGAUCGUGCUCCGCGGCGCCACCGAGCAGCUGCUCGACGAGGCGGAGCGGUCCCUCCACGAUGCACUCGCCGUGCUCUCGCAGACGGUCAAGGAGCCCAAGGUGACCCUGGGCGGCGGAUGUGCGGAGAUGGUGAUGGCCAAGGCGGUCGAGCAGGCGGCGCAGAACACGACGGGCAAGAAGCAGCUGGCGGUGGAUGCCUUUGCAACGGCCCUGAAGCAGCUGCCGACGAUUCUGGCGGACAACGCCGGUCUGGACUCGAGCGACCUGGUGACGCGACUGCGCCAGGCGAUCAACCGGGGGAUGACCAACUCGGGGUUGGAUCUGUUGACGCCGGGAGGUGGAAUUGCGGACAUGCAGGAGUUGGGGGUGGUGGAGAGCUACAAGCUGAAGAGGGCUGUGGUGUCGUCAGCCGCGGAAGCUGCUGAACUCCUGCUGCGGGUGGACAACAUUAUCCGAGCCGCUCCCCGGAAGCGUGAACGCGUGUGA